AUGCAUACAGGAACUGCAAAUCGUGCAGUGUCACCUCCACCACCACCUUUACUAUCAACGCCAGUAGCGAGUACUCCAAGCAGAAGAGGUUCGUUUAAAAUGGACGAAGAAAAUAGGAGACUAAAUAUUAAUUCCAAUACCCUGCCGAUUAGACCAAGUUUAUCCAAUAAAGCACAUUCAUAUACUUCAGUUCCCAAAGGCUCGGACUCAAAUCAGAAUAGGGAUUUUAAAAAUCAUCGAGAUUCAUUUCUGGCCAAUAGAAAUCAUUUCACUGGGAAAGUGUUUGGGGUAUCGUUAUCAGAGUCUUUGGGCAUCGCGAGUGCAGAGGUCAUAGUUCAGAGUGAACUCGUAUCAUUUGGUAGAAUUCCUAUUGUCGUUGCUAAAUGUGGUGCUUAUCUAAAGGCCCAUGGGUUAGAAACGUCAGGAAUUUUCCGUAUUGCAGGUAAUGGUAAAAGGAUUAAGGAGUUACAGUAUAUUUUUUCCAGUCCGCCAGAUUAUGGUUCUAAGUUUACCAAUUGGGAUGGAUUUACUGUCCAUGAUAUUGCAUCAUUAUUAAGAAGAUUUCUGAACAAUUUAGAAGAACCUUUGAUUCCAUUAGAACUUUACGAAGAUUUUAGGGCUCCACUAAAGGAUAGACCUCGCAUCUUAAGAUACAUGGCUAAUAGGGCUGCAGUCAGAAGUACAUCACAAUUGCACCAAUCGCAGUCAAAUACGCAGUCCCAACACCAGACACAGGUUCCACAUCCCGGUCCAAAACCGUUGGCUCGAAAUAACCAUGAAAAUAGUGGUAAUGAGGAAGAUAGAGAAAAUGAUGGUGAUGGUGAACAAGAUGAAGAAGCAAAUUCUGCAGAGGCUGAGGAACGAAAAAAGAAGAAAUUACGUCAUAAAAGGCGUUUAAUUAGAGAUGUCAGGUCUGCAAUUAAAGAUUACGAGCGACUCUUUUCUGAUAUCUCCAACGAUGCCAAACAGCUAACAAUCUAUCUUUUGGAUCUUUUGAGUCUUUUCUCAAGACAAUCACAAUUUAAUUUAAUGACUGCUAGGAAUUUAGCUACGAUUUUCCAACCGUCGAUUUUAUCUCAUCCACGGCACGAUAUGGAUCCAAAGGAAUAUGAACUAUCAAGAAUUGUGACAGAAUUUCUAAUCGAAUAUUCUUACGACUUACUGCCGCAUUUAUUAAAGAUGGCUAAAAAAGAACAAAAGGAGAAGCAAAGACAAAAUAUUAGUUUAAUGAUACCCAAGCCUCAAAAACUCGUGGUUACCGAUGAAGAAAACAAUAGUGUUACACAGCAAAUUACUCCAGUGACGGCAGACAGUCAAAGUAAUAAAUACAUUAAUACUCCUAAUAGUGAUACUAAUAAUGAUCCUGAUUUUAAUCCUAAUGAUACUAAUAUUAAUAAUGCUGAUAACGAUAAUUAUAUUAACAAUACUAAUAGUAAUGAAAAUGAUGAUGUGAUGGGAAGUGCGGGUGGUAGCUUCAGAGUGCGUCCAGAUUCUCCAGGAUUUUCAUUCAACCCUACAAACCCAAUUCCGUCCAGAGCAACGUCACCAAUUAGUCCACACCCAAGGAAUUCAAUUCAAAUACCGAAAAGGCCAAGACCUCACUCUAGAUCAAUUGGAUCUGCUCCUGUUCCACCAGAUGUUAUCGCUAGUAAUGGAAGAAGGUCGCGGUUGUUCCCAUUAUGGCCAAGACCAGGUAUUCUCAGUGACAGCGGUGAUUUGACAACUACAGAAGAUGAAGGCGAUGAAUGCUGGGGUGUUGACGAUGAGAAUAGGGACGGAUUUCAUUCUCCAAUUAGUAUUAAUUCCAGCUCAAGACCAAACCUUCUAUCAAUACCGAAAUUUAACCGAAGCUUUAGUGGGAAUAGUACAACUUCUUCGUUUAACAAGAGGCCUAUGUCCUUGGUUUUCCAAGAUAGUAGAAAUAACAAUUCAAUCGACGAAUUGGAAGAAGCUACGUACUCACCGCAAUCUCCUACAAGCCAAAAUUUUAGGAAUUUUUCAGGCAGUAGUGGCGGUAAUGCCGGUAGUGGUGGUGGAAGCGGCAAUGAGAACCAGUUCUUUUUACAACAGGCAAAAAACGCUUCCAGAGAAAGUAUUGACGAUGGUAGCGACGAGCGAAAUUCAAAUUCGCGUAGCAAAAGAGUAUCAUGGUUUCAGAAAUUUAAAAGUCGUUCUAGGUCAGGUACUAUCUCAUGA